AUGUGUGUGAACAGGGGGAGGAGAUCGAGUAGCAGUGGGCAGAGUAUGGGAGAAGAGGGUAAUGGAGACGGCGAGACGAGGAGGUUUGACCAGACCGUCUCCGCGUAUCAAUUAGACCCAGCCUGGCUGGUCUGGAGCACCAGAACUGGUGGAGUUCUCACUUCACUUUAUCGCUUGCUGCCAACAGCAACCCUUGGCUUUUAG